AUGAGUUGUGGCAGUCGUAGUCAAGAAGAUUUGGGGGAUAACGAGAAGUACCUUCCAGUAUAUCUGAGAUUAAAACCCCGACCAGCAAACCAUGUCCAGGAUCCCUUUUUGUCGCUUGUACCAGGAUCACCCCAAGUGGUAGUGGACCCGCCUAAAAACAGCAGAUACAAAGUGCAAGAAGCAUUCAGCUUCAAUGGAAUCUUUAAAGAAAGCAGUGGCCAGAUAGAUGUAUACAAAAGUGCCGUGUUACCGUUAGUUCAAACUGUGCUUAAGAACCAUAACGAUGCUCUGUUAUUCUCAAUGGGUGCCUCUGGUUCAGGCAAAACCCAUACAAUUCUCGGUUACAAACAAACUCCAGGUAUGAUUCAUUUUGCAUUAGAUACGAUUUUUAAAUCUAUUCAUAGUAAAAUUGCUGAGUUUGAAACAGCAGAAGCAAUUAGCGACAUGAAUUCAUCCAAAUCAGGAACCAGUCGUACUCGUACAUCACAAGCGAUUGAGGCAGGCAUUAUGCUCGACUGGAGCAACGAAUCGAAAAGUAACAAUCACGUCUCUCCUAACAAUCUUCUUCUUAAUGGAUUUUCUUUGGAUGAUAAGAUAGAUGUCAGUGACAAAUACUCUUAUGCCAUGUAUAUUUCAAUGGUUGAAAUAUACAAUGAUCGUAUAUUUGAUCUGUAUGGAGAUGCGAACAAGAGAGGUGCUUUGGGCCGUAGACCAGCUCUCUUGAUCAAGACUGAUCCUGAAACCGGCAAGUCAUAUCUCACAGACGUUCGAAAGGUAUAUGUGGCGGAUAAAGAGGAAGCAUUCAAGACUAUUGAGCAUGGCUUGUCUCUACGAGCUGCCCAUUCUACAGGAUCUAAUCAGUCAUCAAGUCGAUCACACGCAUUUAUAAUUAUUGAAAUCAAGCGAAUCAACAAAGUAGAUUCAAGUAUUUCAUCGUCUACUCUGACAAUCGCUGAUCUGGCAGGUUCAGAACGAGUGAAAGCAUCCAGAACCCAGGGAAACCGCCUAGUAGAAAGCUGUGCUAUAAACAAAUCUCUCAUGUUACUUGGUCAGUGUCUUCAAAAGCAGAGGGGAUCAGGUAACAACAACCCUGCUGACAUUGCUGCACUUCGUAGUAGUAAACUCACUCAAUUAUUACUUUCCAAUGCUUUCAACCCCAAGUUACAUCAACGGUCUGCACUUCUUGUGACUAUCGAUCAUUAUGGCGACUAUAACCAAGCAUCACAGAUUCUACGAUAUUCAGCUUUGGCCAGAGAAGUGUCAGUGCCUCAAACAAGGAUUCCCUCGCUUAGAAGUGUAUCCAAUAGCUCCAGUAGCUCUGCUCACAGUAACGAAUCCACGACUCUAACUGAGGGAUCCGAUGACGACCAGGAGGAGCACUUACUACUCCGAGUAAAGGAGCUAGAAGCUGCUCUGGCUGAGUCACAAGCGGCGCUUGCUGCAUCUGAAGAGCACGCAUUGUUAAUUGAGCAGCAAGUGCGUGAAGAAAUGGCAGAUGAAAUGGAGUCUUAUAUUGACAAGCUGACUUCACGGUUUUACGACCGUCUCGACGACGAAAUAGACCGAAACCAAAACUACACAGACAGUAAGCUCGAAAUCAUGCAAGCUCUGUUGAGUAGAGAUAUUCCGAAAUAUCGGGAGAUGGAGGCGGAAAUUGCACACCUCCGUCAGGAGAACAUGUUUCUACGAGAACAACUCUAA